GCUGUGUGUUCCCGACGGUGCAGCAAGGAAUCGAGCAGAUCUGGGUGCUCCUGGCGAUCUGCCUGGUCUGCAGGGUGCUGUGGAGAUUUGGUGAGCCAUCAUUUAUUGAUCACUGGCAGGAUUUGGCUACUUGGUAUAGAUUGGUUUAGAUGGGAUUAGUCCUCAUUUAGUGAGUACCUUUACUUUAUUAAAACCCGCUGUGUGCUUUCGUUAGAGUGUUGAUACUUCUUUUAUUCCCCUCACAGCAGCAUUGUAUUUGACAAGGAGAACAUUUUUAGUUCGUAAUAUUUAGGGUACUGUGUGUCUGUAUUAUUGGGGUGCUAGAUGGGAUUCCGUCCUGUGUUCGUGUUGAUGAUACGUUUAGCAGGCUGCAAUGGGAGCGCUCUGGAUUUUUGGUUCUUAUUUUCCAUUAUUAUUUUUUUCCCUUGUUCCAUCACGUCUUUCACGCCAUGUCUCUCUGUACCCCUGGGCAUGUCCGCAGCCCUCCCUCCCCAUUUCAAGCACCUGUUAACCUUGGCAGGCGGCUUCUUCUGUCUCUAUCAUUUCUUCCAGUUACAGAUGAUCUGGGUGGUCCUUCUCAGCCUGCUGUGUUACCUGGUGCUCUUCCUGUGCCGCCAUUCCCAGCACCGGGGGGUCCUGCUGUCCGUUACUAUCCUCAUUUACCUUCUCAUGGGGGAGAUGCACAUGGUGGAUACCGUCAGUUGGCACAAGAUGAGAGGUGCUCAGAUGAUUGUGGCAAUGAAAGCCGUGUCUUUGGGGUUCGAUGUUGACCGAGGUGUUGUUCGCUCUAUCCCAUCUCCCGUGGAGUUCAUGGGUUACGUUUAUUUUGUGGGCACCGUCAUAUUUGGUCCAUGGAUAAGUUUUACCACUUACCUCCAGGCGGUAAAAGGACAGCGGCUGAGUCUCUGCUGGUUCUGGAGAGUGUGCCGCAGUCUGCUGUUGUGUCUCGUUUGCCUCCUGAUAUCUACCUGCGUCUCUCCCUACCUUUUCCCGUACUUCAUCCCAUUGUAUGGGGAGCGGCUGCUCAGAAAUAAGAAGCACAAAGCAAGAGGACCCGUAGUCUGGUGGCUCCGAGCCUAUGAGAAUGCCUCGUCUUUCCAUUUCAGCAAUUAUUUUGUUGGAUUUUUAUCGGAAGUUACUGCUGUAUUAUCCGGAGCCGGAUAUUCAGAGGAAAAGGAUCAUGUUGAGUGGGAUCUGAUGGUGUCUCGGCCUCUAAAUGUGGAGAUUCCUCGCUCUAUGGUGGAAGUCGUGACAUCUUGGAACCUGCCCAUGUCUCGCUGGUUGCACUCAUAUGUGUUUAAGAAUGCUCUGCGUCUCGGAAUGUUCCACGCAAUUAUCGUUACAUACGCUGCCAGCGCUCUGCUUCAUGGUUUCAGUUUUCACCUCGCUGCCGUUCUCCUGUCCCUGGGAUUCAUAACAUACGUGGAGCAUGUGCUACGUAAGAGAUUGUCUGAAAUAUUCAGCGCCUGUAUCCUGUCGAAGAAAUGUCCCACCAACUGUACGCACCAAAACAAAAAGAGCCUCCUAGUGUAUUUGACAAAUCUCCUGUUUGGAGUCCUAGCCAUUGUUCACCUCACUUACCUGGGCUCUCUCUUCGAUUCGGAGACAGACGAUGCUGUUGAAGAGGAGGGCUAUGGGAUGUCUUACACUAUACACAAGUGGUCGGAGCUCAGCUGGACUGGACAUUGGCUAACGUUUGGAUGCUGGGUGUUCUACCGUCUAAUCAUCUGAUGGUGCAGCAAGCCCUUUGUGUGAGCAUCCAACCAACUCUGCCACCAGAGCCAGCCCUACAACGGGCACAAAUUGUACCACAUGCAACAGCUCCCAGUUUCAUCCCUACUCUCCAAGUGACCCGGUUCCUGUAUCGCAAAGAAUAAAACCACAAAGUAUUAAAUAGGUGAACACACCGCUCCUGCCUGUAAUACUAGAUGGAGCUGUGUUAGAUUUGAGAUUUGUGCCAGGAAGGCUGCGUUCAGGAUGUGCUCUCUCCUUGGUUCAGCAAUACAUGGCAGUUUGCUGAUGGUACUAAGCGGACACAACUCCAGGUAUUAAUGAGGCAGGAGUAGAAGAGUUUGUCUCAGAAUAUGUUACAUGAUGUACCGAGUGUUUUCUUAAUAAAAAUCCAUUUGUCUUUCUGUGGAA